CUCUGCAAUUGUGUGUACAAUGUGGAAUGUCUGGAUUGCUCGUAAUGGAAUGGUCUUUGAAGGAAAGGUGUUCUCCCCGUCUAUUGUGGCAAUUCUAGCUGAUAGAGAUUUUUAAAGGGUUAAGGAAGCGUGGACUUCAGGCACAGUUUCCCCUUCUUCCAGAUCAGCCGGUUUGCCUUCUCAGCUUGGGAGUUCUCGGUCGACGACCUUAUCACCGCCUGGUCCUUUUAGUAAGGUUGUGCAAUGUGAUGGUUCCUUUGUUUCUGAUGCACAAAUGGCGGGAUAUGGUAUUGCUAUUGCUAAUUUCCACGGGCAGGUUAUCGACGGGAAAGCUGAGAGAUUCUUUUGUUCUUCUCCGAUUCAAGCGGAAGCUGUUGCAAUUCUUAAUGCAGUUAUCUUGGCAGCCCUGGAUCCAGUCCCAACGUGUGUCCGAUCGGAUUGUCAGAGAUUGACGAUUGCGUUGAAACAGGAUCCGAGCCUUUGGCCUUGGCAAUGCCGGGCAACUCUUGCCCGGGUUGUUUCCAUUCUCUGUGUCUCUCCGUGGAUCGUGGUUGAGUUUGUUCCCCGUCGAUUCAAUGCCUUGGCGGAUUGGAUUGCGAGAAACUCUCGUCUUGAUCUCCUUCCUCCUGAAUGGAUUGUCAUUGCUGAUAUUGUCGCUCCAUUAUUGUAAUUGUAUUGCUUCCUACUUGUGUGGGUUUGGAAUGUAAUGAUGAUUGAUGUUGUAAAAAAAAAACCCCGUAGACUGAGAGGGAGAAGAAAGAAUUGGUAUAUUCUGUUGUUUAGGGGUCUUUUUGUUUGAGUUUCAACUUCACCCCUCACCCUUCCUAAACCAUGCUUACCUACUGCUUCUUGAAAUCAGCAAAUAAAUCAGAGAAUUUGGG